AUCUAUCGUCUUAUAAUUGCAAAUCUUAGGUGGUGCAUUGGUUUUGCAUUUCCUAAAACCUGAAACUAGACCCCUAACUUUUGCAAUGAGAAAGUAAAACGUUUCUAUAUAAUACUAAAAAACAAAAAUUGAAAAAACCAUAAUCCUAACUUUCCCUUACCCUUCUAUUCUGUCACUGUGUUACCGAAUGUUUCCUCGUCGAUGGACCUGGUAACCAUAAACUUUCAAUCUUCAUAAUUUUUCCCCAGAUCCCACCAUUUUUUGAGUUCCUCGGAGCUUCGAUCACACCUUACCUUUCUCCAGACUCAGUUCACCACACCAUCGAUAUUACUCCUUCUAAACACAUCCCCCUUGUUCUCUUAAAACUAUGGGCUCAACCUCCAACGGUGUUUUUCCUACCCAGUAAGCCGGACAGAUGCUUCUUUUCCCCCAAGUAGCCACUGCAUGCGCCGCCUCGUUAGCUUCCUAUGCUUUUUCAUGAUGAUCCUUGAAUCGCCUUCGAUGAUAACUUUGUCAAAUACUAUUUCUCCUACAAAAACCACUCCUUAGAGGCAUGCAUAAGCUUCAGCGGUUGUCGGGUUACAGAUAUUGUUUAUCUAGGAAAAGCCUCCUCAAGGUUUCUUCCCUCCAGGGAGCCAAGCAUCAUUCCAUAUAUUAAUUGGCUUUCCAUCUCCAGUUUUCCAACCCAUGCCCGAUUCCAGAACACUUCGAGUGCCCUAUAUACUCCUCCAGGUAAAUGAAGGAAUUACGGGAAACUAAAAGUCAGGAUGAUGAGUUCACAACAAAGUACAACAAAGGAAGAGGAAGAUUGCUUACGGGCAAUUCAAUACGCUACUUCAACAGUGCUUCCUUUUGCUUUGAAAGCCGCCGUUGAUCUUGAUUUAUUCGAGAUUAUAGCGAAAUCGGGUCCAGGUUCCAUGGUUUCUGCUGCUGAGAUUGUCUCCAAACUUCCAGCUAAGAACUCUAAGGCUCCCGAAAUCAUCGAUCGUAUACUUCGAUUUCUGACGGCCCAUUCGGUCUUGGAUUGCAAGCUUGUUACUGAUGAAGACGGAAACACGACGAGAGUAUAUGGUAUUGCUUCUAUCGGCAGAUACUUUGCUCAAAAUGAAGAUGGAAUUUCCUUAGUUCCAAUGCUGCAUUUGACUAUGGAUAGACAUAUGAUGGAGUGUUGGAACUUCUUGAAAGAAGCAACAUUGGAAGGUGGGUUGUCAUUUGUGAGGGGAUUUGGAGUGGACAUUUUCGAGAUGGCUGCAAAAGAUAGAAAUUUAGCCAAUACUUUCAACCACUCAAUGUCCAACCACACUGCCAUAGUCAUGAAUAAAGUCCUACAAAUCUACAAGGGUUUUGAAGGAUUAACCCAAGUGGUUGAUGUGGGAGGAGGAUGGGGCACAAAUCUUAAGCUCAUUAUUUCAAAGUACCCUCGAAUUAAGGGCAUUAACUUUGACUUGCCCUUUGUUGUUAAAGAUGCACCCAAUAUUCCAGGUGUGGAGCAUGUAGGAGGAGAUAUGUUCAACAAAGUUCCUAAUGCAGAAGUUAUUUUUAUGAAGUGGAUACUUCACGAUUGGGGAGACAAAGAAUGCUUGAAAUUGCUAAGAAAUUGUUAUGAAGCAAUAUCAGAGUGUGGAAAAGUGAUAGUAGUGGAAUCAGUAUUGCCAGAACUGCCCACGCCUAAUAUUGUCACAGCCACAACACUCAGUUUUGAUGUGGGAAUGCUUCAUUUGCUCCCUGGUGGAAAGGAAAGAACAUUCAAAGAGUUUGAGACAUUGUUUGUUCAAGCUGGUUUCGCUGCUUUCAAACCUAUUUGUCGUGUUUACAAUUAUUGGGUCAUUGAAUUGUUGAAAAAUGUGAACAAUUCACCACAAUAGUUAUUAUCAUUUCAUCUGCCAAUAACAGAGGUAAGCACCGUAUAUCAUCCCAGAAUCGAAGUUGAAGAGGAAGAAGAGAGACGAAGAUACGAAAUAGAAAGAAGGUAUGAAGCCAGUAAAAAAGAAGAUAGAGCAAGAUUCCAAUAAAUUCAAUUACAAAAUCAAGUGCGUCAACUGUAGGUACUUUGUGUUAUUAUUUUGUUUAAUAUUGGUAUAUUUGAAUUGUUUACAAAGCAUUUGUAAUGAAUACAUUUCUAAAUUUAAAUAUUAUAUAUUUGAGUUUUAUUUUAGUAUAAA